CCUUUCUUUUUGCAAAAUGCGCCUUUUAUCAAACAAAAAGAAUAUUGUGCCGAAGACCCGCGGGAAAUAGGACCUGAGGUUAGUUUGCCAGCUGGUCUACCUUAAAUUGCAGUUUCUGGCGAGUGGACUUUGUCCUUAAUGUCCCAGCUUGGGCGGUGCCGCUACAUCUCUGGGUUCUCUCACCCACUGGCUGCUUCGCUCCUGAUGCUUGCGGUGUGUGCGGCGGGGAGCAGCCUGAGGAUUUGAGCCAUGACUGACAGGUACCACAAGGCAGCCAGGGAUGGCUACCUCGGCCCCCUUAAGGAGGCCACCAGGAGGGAUCUCAACAAUCCGGAUGAGGAUGGGAUGACCCCGACCCUUUGGGCGGCGUAUCACGGGCAUCUGGAGGCUCUUCAGCUCAUCUGUAGCAGAGGAGGCGAUCCUGAUAUAUGCGAUAUCUGGGGCAAUACCCCUUUGCACCAUGCUUCAACCAAUGGCCACCUUCACAUUGUCACUUUCUUGGUCAACUUUGGUGCAAACAUUUGGGCUUUGGAUAAUGAUUUCCAUUCUGCCAUGGAUGCUGCAGCCAAUAAGGAUCGAAUGGAAUGUGUCCGCUUCCUGGACACAGCUGCCACCAAGCAAACCAUCAUGAAUCCUAAACAAGUUGCCAGGCUAAAGGAGAAGGCGAUAAAGGACAGCGAAAAACAGAUCAAAGUGUGUGAAAGGCGCAAGAAAAAGCACCAAAAUCGGAUGAACAAGAAAUAUAGCCAGGAGAUGGAAAGCCAAAGGAAUGGUGCUGCCCCCUUACAGAGUGGGACUGUAUCUAGUGUCAGUGAUCUUUUCAAAGUAGGUGGAUCACAACGCAUAGGUAGCAUUUCUUCCAUCAUGAAAGGAUCCCUGCAGAAGAGACUUCAGAAGAAGGAUAACAGCAAAAGCAUCAUGGAGCAGCAACUAGGAAAGGAUGUCAUCUUUGUCAGUCAAGAAGGGAGCAGUGGGAUUCGGGCCAAUGUACUGGAUGUGUUUAAUGAAAGAGAUGAGGAGAAUGCAGCCUCUCUCAAUUUGAAAUGCUCUGAACAUGAUAAUUUUGGCCAUGAGUCUCUCUUCAAUCGACCUGGUUUGGGGAAUAUGCUCUUCAGAAGGAAUUUUGGCUUGGGUUUGAAUGUGGAAGAGGAAAUGUUCAGCAACAAUGAGGUGGAAGAUGUUGGUUCCAAAUUGCGUAAUGAAGUAUUGAAUCCCAAGGAAAGUUUUACUGAUCCUGAAACGUUUCAUGGAUUCAAUGAAGAACAGGAAGAUGAUUUGCCCUGGAAUGAGGAUGAUAUAGGUCUAGAUGAUGACGAGCCUGAGACAACGCCACUUGAAACUUUCUUGGCAUCUCAGAACAUGACAGAGUUCGUCCCGAUCCUGGCAAGAGAGCAGAUUGACCUGGAUUCCCUCAUGCUGUGCACUGAUGGAGAUUUGAAAGGCAUCCAUCUGCCACUUGGACCACGGAAAAAGAUUAUUUCUGCAGUGGAAAGAAGAAAAUUAAUCUUUGAAACACCAAACAAACUAGUGGAUACUGUAUUGUAAACAAGUUUGCACACCAUUGAGAAGAGUUGCAGUCGAAGCAAUCUCCAGCAUUUAAUCCGGGACCACCAUCAUUCCCUGGAAGUGACAGAAUCAGCCAGUAUGAUAUGGAGCAGAAAAUACAGCAAAGCCUCCAUUAUCUAUUGUUACUGGGGGAGGAUAAAUAGAAAUUAGAGGAUUGUUAAAAGUAUCCAAAUUUUUGUCUUGCAUGUUUAGAUUUAGCAAAUGGGAAUGGAGAUGUGUGCAAUACACACAAUUAGAAAGUUUUGGUGUCUUACACAUGGACAUGUUAUAGGACAUUCUGGCAAAUAAUUUGAACAUGGAACAUGGAGGUUCCAAUAUACAAGAAAUUUCUUCAGAAUCGAUGACUCGAAUCCAAAGAUGUUCAUGUGCUUUAUCUGGGGUUAGAAACUGUUCCUCAUCCAUUCAUCAGGAGCUCAUCUAUAGCUGGGCAGAAGGAUGUUGGGGAAAAACAGGGAAGGCUUUACCCAGCAUCUGCCUGCAUUAUCCCUGACCUGGGAGUUCUAGGUGCCAACACUAACUGGCUGAAAUGGGAAAAGUUCUGCCCUCCAGCACUGGCAUCCCUCACCUCAACCAGCAUAAUGGUUCUAAGGAAGGAACUCUGCCUGAAUGACAACUUGUAUUGCACGUGUGACCCUUUUAAAUGUUUCUUCAAUUCCUGUGUUGUUUAAUCCUUAAAAAUUUAUUACAAAUUGCUCUGUAACAGGAUGGAAUCACGUGCCCUCCCCGUGGCGAGUUUGGUGGGGGAGUUUAAUCGAGUGGGAGGGUUUAGCUAGGUAGGAACCCAGCCACAUUCCCACCUCAACCCUGAUUAAGUCCAUGGUGGGAAGUCCCACUUAAGGGCCUCAUC